UGAACCAGAGAGAGACAGAGACCCCCCUCUCUAUCUCUCACUUCUCCAGAAGGCGACGACUCCUUCUGGAUCUCUUCUUUCUGCCUGGCUGGAGAAACUUCUAGAGACCCGACCGAGGCAUUAAGACCUGGAGACACGGCCGGUGUGAAGGAACAUAUCUAAACGCAAGCGAACGAGUGCAGACUGUACAGUGACGAAGAAGACGUCACAGUCCACGAGGCCAACAUGGCUCUGCUGUGCUACAACAAAGGCUGUGGGCAGACGUUUGACCCCGACAAGAACAAGGAUGAUUCCUGCCUUUUCCACCCGGGAGGCCCUGUCUUCCACGAUGCACUGAAGGGCUGGUCCUGCUGCAGGAAAAGGACGACCGACUUCUCUGAGUUUCUCUCCAUCAAGAUGAGCGAGGUUGGAGUCACUGAGAGUCAGGCUGUUAUUUGCGGGACCCGCUGCAAAAACGCAGGAUGCAAAACAGUCUACCAAGGACCACAGACCGACAUGGAGGUCUGCACCCACCAUCCUGGAGCUCCCGUCUUUCACGAGGGGUACAAGUACUGGAGUUGCUGCUGCAUCAAGACAACAGACUUCAACGCCUUCCUGGACCAGAAGGGCUGCACCAUGGGGAAACACCGCUGGGUCCCAAAGCAGGACAAGAAGAAGGUGGCGUGUCGCUAUGACUGGCAUCAGACUGGCAACAGCGUUGUCGUGACCAUUUACGCCAAGAACGCAAACCCAGAGUUUUCCAGCAUAGAGGCCAACCGGACGGUGCUCUCGUGUCAAAUCCAGUUUGAGAACAAUAAGAUUUUCAAGAAAGAGUUCCACCUCUGGGGGGUGAUCAACGUAAAGCACAGCUCGGUCAAUAUGGUCCCAUCUAAACUGGAGAUAAACCUCCGCAAGGCCGACCAAGUGGCUUGGGGCAAACUGGAGGACCCGAACUACAAACCUGAGCCCGAGCCUGCAGACGACCCGUUCAUCGAAUCCAACGAGUCGUACCAGCCCGACUGGGACAUCGAUGAUGAUGACAUCAGUGACUCGGACGAGGAGUGGGGCUAUGACACGCCCAAGAAUAAAAAGGUAGAGAAGGAUGAAAAUCAAAAGAAGAACGAGGAGGAGGAGAGGCGGAAGUUAAAGAGGAAGGAGGUGGAGGAGGAGAUGAAGAGGGCGUUGGAGGAGCGGAUGAAGGCGGAGGAGGAGAGGAAGAAGCUAGAAGAGCAGAGGAGGCAGGAGGAAGAGGAAGGAUAUGAAGACAUGCCAGAGCUAGAGUGAAAAACUUCAGAUUUAUUUGUGGUUUAGAAAUAGAAAAUCAAAAGAGAUUUUUAUAACAUAGGACAUAUUUAUUUCUGAAAUAAUAAUUACUCACUACAAACCCCAAUGAGACGUGUUUAAAUGACCACGAUAUGGAGAACGUGAUGUAAUGACAAAACUGUACCUUCGAUAGAAGAAAUAAAGUUUUCUAUGUCA